CUGUUAAGUAUUCAGCGUGCAAUGUCGACCUGCUUAUAGCGGUGUAUUCCUCCAGUGACCGCCGCGCCUGCGCAUCAGGAUGUCGCGAUCGCAAGUGCACUUCGCUUUCUUUGUUCUUGCUGUCGUUACUGAAUGCCUAGCGGAAUCCCAUAGGAACCCGAUUAAAGAAGCGCUGCUUCUUCACAAUGACAAUUUCAGCAAUGCUACCUUCGAGGACUGCAUCUGGCGACGCGAACGGGAACCCUGCCCAGAUCCUGACGUCAAACUUCAUCUUUACACUGAGGGUGCUACUGAAAAGCGAGUGGUAGAUCUAUCCAGUGAAGACUGGCUCCGGCAGAGCGGUUGGGAGCCGACACACGAGACCAUAUUGUUGAUACACGGGUACGCGGGUGGUGACGACUCCCUGCCCAUCACUGUGCUCAGGGAUGCCUACAUCCGUCGUGGAGGAUACAACGUGUUCAUGCUGGACUGGGGCAAUCUCUGCCAACCUCCAUGCUACGUGGCUGCAGUACACAAUCUGAGGCCCGUGGCGCGCUGCGCUGCAGAUGCCCUAGGGACCCUCCGACGCGCAGGCCUGCGGCCAGAUAGACUAACUUGCGUCGGACACUCUCUUGGUGCCCACAUGUGCGGCAUCAUUGCAAAUUUCUUGACGUUUAGAUUGAACCGGAUUAUUGGUCUAGACCCCGCUCGCCCACUCAUCAGAUCCGCACCUGCACUUCGCCUGGACCCAGGAGACGCACGCGCCGUCCAUGUAUUGCACACUAAUGCAGGGCGUUAUGGCGAGGCCUCGCGGUUGGGACACGCCGACUUUUGUUUGAACGGAGGUCGCAGCCAGCCUUAUUGCGAAGACACUCCUAAUGAGGCCCUCUGCAGCCACAUUUGGUCCCUCUGCUACCAAGCGGAGAGCCUGUUUCGUCCGCGCUCCGCCGCCCCGUGCGGCCGUCGGUGCUCCGUGCGGGUGCCACCGGCUCGGGCCUCUGCCUUGCCCGUGCCAUUAGGGCAACCGGCUCCUAUGACUGCUUCCGGCGCGUACUGCGUAGAGGAUUUCUCAACGCCAUUCUGCCCGACGUCAUCUCAGCCAAUCGGCGACGCGCGUUGUUGCCUCGACGCCCAAUACGCGGCCGCGGCCACCACGCCACCGCCACGCAAUCGCCCUCGUCCGAUCGUACGCUUACGCGCCAGACGGGUCAAAAAUAACAACCUCUUGGACAUCCUGGAGGACGAUGAGAACGGGAACUGGCACAAUGCGUGAUUUUCUGUCUUAUGAGAAAUGAUUACGUACUAAAUUUCAAAAAAAAUACUUAAUAAGUUUAAGUGUAGAAACAGACCUUUUUUGUUAAUUCCCGUUUUGGAUGGACCGUUAAACAUACAAUGCAAACGAAGUUUCAGCGUGACGAGUUACCUACUUUUAUUACCUAAAGAUUUGAGACUUGAGCAAUAGAUCAGAUCUAAAAACAUACCUAAUUCUGCCUUAGAAUCCGCAUCUUUCUUCUACAAGUAUAUACUAAGGCCACUUUACAUUGCAGCGGAACGAAAGAGUAUUUUGGCCUCAUUCGCGGGAAUGCUCGGGCAUGCGCGGGAAUGCUCGGGCAUGCGCGGGAAUGCUCGGGCAUGCGCGGGAUUGCUCGGGCAUGCGCAAGAACGCUCGGGCAUGCGCAAGAAUGCUCAGGCAUACGCGAGAAUGCUCGAAUAUGCGCGAAAGGCUGUAGUAGACGUUCAGUCCAAAUCUUUUACAUGACAAGGAUGAUGGACUGGGAUAAUGUUUUUGUUUCAAUCAUUUGUAAAGCAUAUUAUUUCAUGAUUAAAUUUUUAUUGAAUGUCACAAUGUUUCACAACCAUUUUUGUGAAAUGACUCCACUACUAUAUAUACAUAGAUAUUUCAUGAUCUAUCGAAAGCUUUUGGACAAUAUGAAGAUUUAUAUCUAGGUAUUUUUUACGACUUGUACCCAUGCAUGCAUGAACCUACAGCGACUGAAUUUUACAUUUCGACCAAAUAAACCAACUUCUCAUCUCAAUCCAUGUAUUUUUCUCGCACGGUGCGUACACGACCUAUUUCGUAGACGAUUGACAUUGCACUGCGCCUGCCUUCACGUCACUUUCUGCGGAUUUAUAAGUAUUCCCGAGAAUGCGCGAGAAUUGCUAUUUGGCCCCUAUCUGGUUUAUAUGUAGCACAAGUAAAUUACGCUACGUACAAAAAGUUCGUUAAAAAAAGCCGCUUCCAUUCUUUCCGCCGCAAUGUAAUUUGGGCUUUAUUAUUGAAAACUUCCAACAAAACUUUGUAAACUAAAGUCAAAGAAAAAGUAUUCCUUGUUUCGAAUCAUUGGUACUGUAUAAACUUACUUAAUUAUUUUAAAUUAAUUAAUUAUAAGUCAAGUUCAAUAUUGUAAGUCGAUUGGAGAAGUGACCAAAGAUGUUACGUAAUAAAUUAUUAAAUAAAUAAU